AUGGCUCCUGGAAAAGUCUCUUCUCCUCCUCUCUAUUCACCUCCCACAAAAGGGCUCCUAUCGUAUCUGCCAGCAUCAUGGGUCCCCUACGCCGAACUCAUUCGACUUGACAAACCACAUGGCAUCUACAUGAUCCUAUACCCCUACAUCCUAGGCACCCUAUACGCAGCCAAGAUUUCAUCCGCUCCGCUGCCUCUACCUCUGGUCCUUAAUCGUAUCAUCCAACUUACGAUAUGGACCUUUUUCCUCCGAAGCGCCGGCUGCGCUUGGAAUGACAACAUCGACCAAGAUUAUGACAGGCAGACGGCUCGGUGCAGAAACAGGCCGAUAGCACGCGGCGCAAUCUCAACUUUUCAAGGGCACGUCUAUGCCACCGCACUGAUAGCUCUCGGCUUCUUAUCCUUGCAAGAGUUUCCCUUUGAGUCCAAGGCGUCUGCCGCCGUGGCUGUCGUGUUGGCAUGCGUCUACCCUUUUGGAAAACGCUUCACACAUUUUGCCCAAGUUCCUCUGGGUGCAACGUUGUCUGUCGCUAUUGUUCUGGCACCCUAUUCCGUAGGCGUGGAUCCUCUCUCGGAAGCAAACAUUCUGCCAACAGCUAGCCUUGUCGCCUGCAUCAUCAUGCUUGUCAUGUUCUACGAUGUCGUCUACGCACGUGCGGAUACGGCCGACGAUUUGAAGUCCGGGGUCAAAGGCAUGGCGGUUCUCUUUCGCAAUUGGAUGACAACAUUGCUUCUGUCUCUGAUUACUGGCAUCACAGCGCUUCUCUUCGUUGCAGGACAGUCUACUGGAAUGAGUGCCUUGUUCUUCCAGCUAUCUGUUACGGGUCCGGCUAAAGACGAUCAUGAUGGGAUCAUAUGCAUUAUGUUUCUUCAUACUAAAGACCAGUUGAGUGUGACAAUGGGCAUUAAUGGCUGUACUGUCAAUAUUGAGCAGAAGGCAAGGAGAAGGAAAUAA